CUGAAGAGAAGAUGGAGCUUGUACAAUAAUAGGGCAAGCUCUAGAAGAUGUCUAGAAGAGUUCAAUCAAGCUUCAGAAGUGUUCUGAAGUAGUUAUCUUGUGAAGUUAAGUCUAGGAAAGACUUAUACUGAUCAUGUGAAGGUUUUGGAGGAGUUAGAGAGAAGAUGGAAGUAUGGUGCAAAGAUAGGGCGAGUGUACGGACCUCAAGGCCGUACAGCGUCCGUACAACCUAUCCAGUACGGCCAUUACCCGGAUCAGCCUUGCCCAAGUUGUGCAAUGUGUGGGCGCGACUUAGGUUGAAUCAUGUGACCGUUGGAGACUCUUGGAGAGGCAAGGGAAGAUUCAAAUGGAUAAGGUGAGCUGUUGGUAUGAGCUGGAAAGGUAAAGGUGCUUUACCUUUACAGCCUUGACUCAUCCUAUCCAUUCAAUUCAAAUGAAGCAAUCUAAGCCCUUUACAUUGGAUCAAGUCGCCAGCUAAGAACCAGAACAUCAAGACCAGUCUUCUCUCAUCCUUACCAUCCAUUCUAUCUUGUAUUUACAGCCUUAGGAUCUAGGUUUAUGAUCUGAGUUGUGUGAAACUCAUAUAUAAGCUAAGUAAUGUCGUUUGUAAUAGAAUUAAGGGAGUAAGGGGGAUUUCCCCUCUCCACUUCAUGAAUGAUAAACUUGUUCUUGAAUCUGAAACCCUAAUCUUUAAUCUCUUACUCUCCUAAUCUCUCAGUCUCUUAAUCUCUGUUCCUAAGUCUCUUAUUCUCUCAUAAACACUCUCACCAAUCUCUCUUUCUAAAUUACCUAGAGCAAGCUCUCAUCUUUCUCCACUGGAGUUUAUACACACACAUACAACCAGAGAAGAGAACUCUACAAAUCUCAUAUGGUAUCAGAGCCAGGUUCAUCAGAACCUGAGCUGAAGCUUCCGCAAGUCCACAGCUCACGCCUCAGCUCAAAAUCAAGCCAUUGACGCUUUCCCAUCCAGUUCAGUCCCUUAUGAAGAAGAAGGCUGAAGCUUGGCGAGUUUCCUUGGUUCCUCAUCCUGUUCUCUACCUGCUCAGAUGGAGAUUAUCCUUGGAGGCAAAGGUGUAUGGAGAGGCCUAACUAACCUGACUCCAAAGCUCCUUGUUCAAGAGAAGUUUCACAUCAGGCUAAAAAGAGUAUGGUGUCAAGAGCUUGGCGCCUAGAUGUUCUGAAGAAAGGAGGGAUCUUUUGAGUUGAUGGUACAAGAUGGUGGCCAUGAACUGAAGGAGAAGGAGGUGGGUGAUGAUCUAGACUCUCAGUUCCAACAACAGUCAUGGCCGGUUUCACAAAAUGCAAAAGGAAUCAACCUGGUUCCUUGUUGUUCACAAGAAGUGUUCUUUGCUCACCACCUAUCCAAGACAAGAGGAAGACUUGAACCAUUGUGUGGAGCAAUGGGAAGAUACUUGUGUGUAGAAGCUGGUUUAAGAAGCGCAGGCCACGAGGUUGUUGAGCUCCUGGUUCAAGACAUACAAGCGGAAGACCAACCAUUGUGUGGAGCAAUGGGAAGGUUCUUGUGUGUAGAAGCCGGUUUAAGAAGCGCAGGCCACGAGGUUGUUGAGCUCCUGGUUCAAGACACACAAGAAGAAGAAGGUCACCACCUAAGCCAUGAGGAAGGCCGGUGAUCUGAGGGUACUUGAAGCUGAAGG